AUGGGGGGGCCGUUUAAGCUCCCGACCACGGACGCGAACGAGCUCGAGAACGAGGCGGCGAAGAAACGGGUGAAGAAGGGCGCGAUCGAGCGCGUGAAGGGUUGGGUGGCCAAGGCGCUCCCGAAGGAACACCUCGACGACGGCGCGUGCGUGAUCGACGUGAGUGAGAUUCAGUGCGGAGAUCCGUCGUGUGCGCCGAUCGAUACGGUGGUGCGAAUCAUAUAUCGAGAUGGAUGCGGGACGGCGUACGGGAUCCCGUGCGAGGUGGAGGAGGUUGAGGAAAUCGACGUAGACGAACGCGCGCCGCCGAUGGAAAUCGUCGAGGAUUGGUAUAAUGGGACGCCGACGACGUGGCCACCAGAACCGGAGGUGCCAGACCCUGGACCUGUGCCCACGGAUGAGCUGCGUUUCGCGAUCGGAACGCGGGUGCAGUGCAGAAUCGGGCCGGGAGAGGACGGAUGGGCCGGAGGCGCGGUUGUCGCGCACUGGUAUCGAGGAUCGACGUGGCCGACGGGACAGUACGCCCCGUAUCAAAUUCAGCUCGAUCGUCGAGACAUGGGAAGCGGGCUCAUCUUCGCUCCGCAGGAUCACGAUAACUGCAUUAGGCUUGAGAAGUUCUGA